AUGGUCAGCUCCUGUUGUGGCUCCUCCUGCUCUGGCCAGAGCUGUGGCUCUGGCUGCUGUGCCCCCUGCUGCUGCCGGACUUCCUGCUGCUUCCGGCCUCCCUGCUACCAGUGCACCUGCUGCAGGACCAACUGUUACCGGCCCACCUGCAUAGUGUCCACCUGCUGUCGCCCCAGCUGCUGUGGGUCUAGCUGCUGCCGUCCCAGCUGCUGUGGGUCCAGCUGCUGCCAGUCCUGCUGCCGCCCCAGCUGCUGUGGGUCUAGCUGCUGCCAGCCCUGCUGCUGCCCCACUUGCUGCCAGACCACCUGCUGA